AUGACGUCAUCAAACCAACACCCCCGAACGAUUGUUGUUCUUGGAUCCACGGGGUCUCAAGGUAGAGGAGUGGUGGAUUCGCUACUUCACGAGACCAAUUUAGGAUCAUGUCUCAUCCGUGCUGUUACCAGAAAUGUCAACUCGGCCGCAGCUAGGCAGCUGCUACAUGAUUUUCAAACUCCGGAUAAUCGUCUUAGUCUCGUCACCGGUGACGUUUACAAUUCCCAAAGCCUUCAUGAUGCUUUCCGGGGAGCAUAUGGAGUUUUUGCAGUGACCAGUGAACGCACCUCAAAGAGGAUUGAAAAAGAGGAGGAUAUGAAACAUGAACUCCAGGCGGGCUGGAACAUCAUCUCUGCUGCGAAGUCAUGCCACAUACAGCAUUUUGUUUUAAGCAGCUUGCCCAACAUGAAAGAAGUAACGGCAGGGCGCUUCAAAAAAAUCUUUCAUAUGGACAAUAAGUUCAUAAUUGAGCAAUGGGCAAAGCGCGAUCUACCCGCGGUCACCUGCCUCAUUCCUGGGUUCUUCUUUACCAAUCUAAGCCGACCAGAAUACUGUCGACGCGAAAACGGAGUCGUGCGGUUUUGUCCACCAAUUCCUGGAAGCAAGUCUGUUCAGUGGCUUGACCCGGUACACGACAUGGGCGUUUUCGCUGCUAGUAGGUUACACCCGGACUUGAAUGCCGUUUCGUUUGCUCCUUCGGUUUUCGCCCUUGGCAUUCUGCAAACAAAAAACAAAAACUAUGUUGUUGCAGGACCGAAGAUGCGCAUGGAAGAUUUCGCAACUAUUUUCGAACGAGUAACUGGUCAAUCGGCAAUUUACUCUCCUACAACAAUGGAUGAAUGGGCCAGUGCGGCUUCUAGGGCAGUCGGUCCUGGAUUCAAGGAAGACUUUUGUCAAAUGAUGGAAUGGGUCUCUAUCGCACCAGAUGACAAGAUUUGUUAUGGUGCUCUUGAUCCAGCUGAUGACCAUUCUUGGAAUGAUCUCCAUGUUAGGGCUAGCACAUUUGAAGAAUGGUUGGAGCGCACAGGAUGGACUGGACCAUAG